CAAAACAAACGCACGUUUCGCUAACAAAGACCAAAAGGACGUGUCCUUCUAGCUGCCUUCGAAGUCAUCGACCUUGUACGGGAUUCUGCAGAAUGGGUCCGAUCAAAGCACAGGCAAGUUACAAAAAAGAAGUGCCGACGGAAACUUGGCUUGAAUGGAAAAAGGAGAAGAAGGCGAGAAAAGCAAAGAAAAGAGAGAAACUUUUGUCGGAGCUUGAUAAACAAAAAGAAGCAGCUUCCGAGAUCUCCACCGAAAUUGAACCAACUUCUCAAGAGGAGAGCAAAGGUCGGUCUUGGACCUUGUCCAUUGCGCUGCCAGGAAACAUUCUCGACAAUGCGCAAACACCGGAGCUUCGAUCUGCUCUUGCUGGACAAAUUGCCAGAGCUGCUGCAAUUUUCAACGUUGACGAAAUUGUAGUCUUCAAUGAACAUGGAAGUCUGGACAAAGAUAAGGACAACAAUUCUGGGCUCGACGAAGAUUUGCCCCCGUCAUGUCUUCAGCUGAGCAGAAUUCUGCAGUACCUUGAAUGUCCGCAAUAUUUGAGGAAGUAUUUUUUCCCCAUUCAUCAAGACUUGAGACACGCAGGACUUCUGAAUCCCUUGGACGCCCCAAAUCACUACAGAAGAGACGACAAAGCAAAAUUUAGAGAAGGAUAUGUGACGGAGAAGGUGAAGAAAAGUGCCCAUUCCAUGGUCGACGUUGGGCUUCAACGUCCCAUACCUGUGGACACACAGUUGACCCCUGGCCUCAGGGUCACGGUUGAGAUUGAGGAGCAUCCAAGUGGAGACAUGAAGAAGCUGCAGGGUCGAGUGGUGCCUCCGUCAACACCUGUGAAACAAGAAGGUACUUACUGGGGCUACUCUGUUCGGUGUGCCCCUUCGUUAGGGGCAGUUUUCACUCAGUGCCCUUAUGACGAGGGAUACGACCUUCUGGUAGGCACUUCUGAGAGGGGAGACCCUGUCCCCAAAUGCCUGCCAAGUUUUAAGCACAUCCUUGUAACGUUUGGUGGCCUGAGGGGACUGGAGCUUGGCCUUGAAAGUGAUGAGAGCCUCAAGGUUGACGACCCCUCAAUGCUUUUUGACUUUUAUCUCAACACGUGCCCUGGACAGGGCUCAAGAACCAUCAGAACUGAGGAAGCCUUGCUUGUUACACUGGCUGCACUUCAGCCUGCUAUUAAUUCAGCUAAUUUUUAAAUAUACCAAAUUCUAUUAGAUAGAAAAAAAUAUUUUUAUUUUCGAUU